AUGCCUGGUCCCUCUGGCAGAGGAUCUAAUAGAUUGCGGCGUGUAGUCUGUUUCUCCUGUGGUCUGCCUGGCCAUACUGCUCCCAGAUGUUUUCGCCGUUUGCAGCCUGGCAGUCGUUUUUCUCCGUAUUCUAGGUCUUCGCGUGGGCGUUCUGUUAAUCAGUAGCUGCUUUCCGCUUUUCAUUUGCCUGUGAAUCAGCUCGUUCGCCACAAAUAAAUUUGCUAUUUGCUGCUAGUUUUGUGUGUCCUUUUUCCCUUACCCGCUCUAGGGUGGCAGUUUUGAAAGGGAGUCAGUUUCCCUCUCAGUUUUUUGAGGCUCAAAACUGCCAUCCCCGAAGCCACCUCCUCCAUUUUUAUUUGCCCAUUUUCCUUCUCUUUUAGCCCCCUUCCAAGCGUUUUAAGGGUGCUUCUCCUACCAUUCCAGAGUGGGAAUUUACGGCCGAUUUCGACCCUACAAGUGUUGUCAGUCCUUCAGUUCGUUGGGUCGGCUUUGAUGGCUCGCCUCUUGAGGUGGCUCAGGGGAUGGCAGAAGGCAACUCGCACAUUGCAUCUCAGUUCGUAGAAGAUGUUAUAAGUGGCCAGGCUCGCGCCGAUGUUUCCAUGCUCGCCUUCAGAGAUCCCGACUCUUUUGUUGCUGGUAACCUGCACAAUCAUUUUCAAGCCUGGGAGUGCAUCGCCAACAUUGCCCCGUUUGAUCUUACGCCCAAGAUUUUGCUGUGGAUCAAGAACUGUGUUGACGUGCAAGAUUUCUUUCAACCCUUUAAAGGUCAAUAUAGGGGAAAAAACUUUGAUUCGACUUUGCCCCCGCAUCGGAUUUUUUCUAAUGCUCUGUCUUGUAAACCGUUUUCCCCUCUUCUUUCCAAUCAGUCUGUGACGAUAAAUCCGGCUAUGACCACGUCCUGCUUACCCCUGAAAGCCGCCCAUAUUUUGAUUUCCAGUGGGGUGACUGGUACUUCACCAGUAACACCAUCCCUUUCGGAUGGAAAUCGUCUGCCUAUAUUUACCAUUCUAUAGGUCUUCUCGCUUCCCAUUAUUUUCGCUCCCUCCUCAUACCUUGCUAAUUGUAUAUUGACGAUCGUCAUACGGGUGAAAUUCAGGUCUCCCCUAAGGCCUUGGGAUACGCCUCUCUUUCCUCAGACGCGGACAGACCAUUUGCUCGUGCUUGCUCCGCUAUUUUCGUGGUUUGUUAUACGCUGGUUGAUUUGGGUUAUUUUAUUGGUCUCAAGAAAUCGCACCUGGUUCCUAAGCAGGUAGUCCCUUACCUUGCGUUUUGGUGGAUUCUGUUCAGCAAGCUUUUUUGCUUAUCGAGGAGAAGAAGCAAAAGUUCUUGUCCCUUUUACGCUCUGUUCUUAGUUCUCCUUCUACCGAUCUUAAGACACUUCAGCGUCUCUCUGGAAAGUGUAUUUCCUUCUCUUUGGCGGUUCCCGGGGCUCGUCUUUUUCUCAAUGAUAUCUAUAAUGUGAUUGCGAAGAGCCAACGUCACGGUUCUUGUAAGCCUAUUCUAGUUACUGGCCCAUUGAAACGCGAGCUUGAGCAGUGGUUGUUUCUCGAGUCCUGGUCCGGCUCCCUUCCUUGGCUUUUGGAGACCCAUCAUCAGGUCAAGUUAUGUUCAGAUGCCUCCUCCUUUGCUUGAGGCUGUGUUCUUGGCCCUGAUACUUUUUCAGCCACUAUUCGGGAUUACUGGCCUGUUGAUCAACGUCAUCCCCACAUUAAUGCUAAGGAGGCUUGGACCCUCGCCAAUGCCCUAGAUGAAUUUUCCGGUUCCUUGCGUGAUAGUUGGGUGGAUGUUUAUACUGAUAGCCAGGUUCUUAUCUCAUCCUGGCGGUGUCAAGGCGCAAAGUCUCCAGACCUGGUCGUCGCCUUGAAGCGUAUCUUUAGCAUCAUUUCCUCUUGUAACAUUCACCUCAAUCUCUUUUACAUUCCCUCUGCUGCUAAUCCCGCGGACGCUCCUUCCCAUGUUUUGUUGUUGCAGGAUUCUAAGCUUUCCCCUUUUGCCUGGGGUCAAGUUCAAGCCAGAUUUGGUGGCCAAUUUGGUCACUCCGCAGAUUUGAUGGCUCUCCCCUCUAAUCUGCAGUGCGCUCUAGAUGGUUCUCUCCUUCCUUUCUUUUCUCCGUAUCCUGUUCCUGGUUCUUCAGGGGUCAAUUUGUUUGCUCAGCGUCCUUACAACCAUGGCCACCUUUUUUCAAACCCCUAUGUUUUCCCCCCUAUUAUUCUAAUUCCCCAGGUCUUGCGUUUUGUUAAAAGUCAAUCCUUUCCUUGUACCAUUGUUGUCCCUGACAUUCGUCCUCGAAAAUUCUGGUGGCCCCUUUUGCAAUCGUAUUCGUCUUUCCAACUCGCUCCGAAGGGUACCCUCGGAAUGGUUCUUCCCCCCUCUUCUGAAGGAUUUUCUCCGCGUUGGCCCCUCCCUUGGGAUUUGUGGGUGUUUCGUAUUGAUCCCCUUUAGAAUAUUCAUGAAUAGAAUAUAUUUAUUUUCGGUUUAGUCUGUUCACAUAACUUUUCUACAUCGGUUCGUUACCUUGGACUUUUUGCUAUUCAUAGGAACAUAAGCUGUUGUAAUAGAAUGUGUUACGCGUGAUAAUUAAAAUUCAGUCUUUUGGCACCUCCUGUCUCUUUUUGUCUCCUAUCUGUUACCCCUCUACCCAUUCUUCCUUUUCUCUAGUCUCUUCUUCCUGUUCCGCGCUUAUUCGUCCCGGCAGUUGCGUGCCCAUCUUGCCACUAUCCUAAUGACCAUGUCUUCAAGUUUUGUCAGAAUUGUGGUUAUGUUAGACGUCGUGGUCACACAGCUGUUCCCAGGGCCGUCAGUUUCGACCUCCCUGCUAUUGAUCUACGUAUCAGCUCUCUACAGUCAGCAAGCCUUUCGUCCGCUUGUUCCAGGCAGAAGCAAUCUUUAAAGGCUGAGCUUGAAGGCUUUCUUUACGCCCUCCCUGGCAAUAAAAGCCUUUUUGAUGCCACCCCCCUAGAUGUUUGCCGCUUUUUGGUUUUCAAGGACUCAAAAGGUAAAACCCAAGUCCAUAGCAUAGGAUGUCCACAUCUUGGUCAGCGGGGUUCUUUCCCUUGCAAGUGCCCGCUGAGACUGGCCUACUCCACCGUUGAUUCAUACAUUGGCAAGUUACGCUCUAUAUUUUCCGACAUUGGUCGUCAAGGUGACUGGAAUAGGACUCUCCUUAUUGGUAACCCGGCCUCCGAUUUGUUAGUAAAGCAGUACCUUAAAGAGUUCACCGCUGAGCAACUCCGGGCCAGCAUUGCCCCCAAGCAGGCUGUACCACUUUUUGCUGACAAAUUGCUUUCGCUUUCUCGACACAUCGAAAAGCGUCUUCUCCUCUCGUCCCUUUCGCCAACUGAGAUGUUUGUCACCGCCAGAGAUCAAGCUUUCUUCAAGGCUCAUUUCUUUUCUGGUGACCGUGGCGGGGAUCUGGGGCAAGUUAAGACCUCGGAUAUUGCUCGUUUCCCUGAUGACAAUGGAUUCUUAUUUAAUCACAUUUGGGGAAAGACUUUGAGGGAUGGCGCCUGCAACCUUUUUGGCAUGCGCCGUCACCCCAACCCAGCAUUAUGCCCGAUUAAGGGUAUUAAAACUUAUGUGUCGAUUGCUCGUGAACUUGGAAUUAGCCUGUCUCCUGGAUACUUGUUUCGUGCGACAAAUCAUCAGGGGCAUAUUGUUGAUAAACCCCUUUUAAGCUCCGCGGCCGACUCCCGCCUUAGAAAAUAUCUUCGUGAUGCUAACAUUGACGGUGGGGAAACCCUUCACAGUUUUCGUUCUGGCUGUGCCCUUACCCUGGCUUUCUCCGGUUCCCCUUUGGCUGACGUUAUGUCUCACGUUGGCUGGUCAAAUUCCAAGACAGCUUUGUAUUAUCUCAAGUUAGCUGAUGUUAUCAGGGCUGGGGCCCCAGCUGACCUACUUACUUCUGCACCUUCGUAG